AAAGCCGAUGAUCGGAGAAACGUCCAUUCAUUCCGGCAGGACUUGACCUAAGUCACGCACGAGUUGAACUGUGAUGUCAUGACAUAUCUCAGUCAAAAUGUUGGGGAGCAUUGCUCAUUUGAUUUAGCUUCACGUUGUUUGUAACAGAGCCUUACGGACAGACGGAGGGACCACAAGCUGACAAGAAAUGUUCGCCAACUCGCAUAGUUCAGUGGUUUGAGUCGCUGAUUAAACCCCUGAACUUUCUCAAUCUUCAGAUCUUAGAACAAUUCCAGGAAUUUGCCAUUAUACGACAGUUGACUAUGGAGUCGGAAUUGCGUCCGCUUCCACAACCUUUAAAACCAGAACUUGGAUAUAAUUCACUUGCAAAUUACCACAUUGAAAGAAAAAUUGGUCGAGGUCAAUUCAGUGAAGUGUACAGAGCGAUAUGUCUACUGGAUAACAAACCGACUGCACUAAAGAAAGUGAAGAUAUUUGACAUGAUGGAUGCAAAAGCAAGACAGGAUUGUAUAAAAGAAAUAGAUUUAUUAAAGCAAUUAAAUCAUCAGAAUGUUAUAAGAUAUCUCGCAUCUUUUAUUGAAGAUAAUGAACUCAACAUUGUCUUAGAACUUGCAGAUGCAGGAGAUCUCAGUCGAAUGAUAAAGCAUUUCAAAAAACAAAGAAGGUUGAUUCCAGAAAGAACAAUUUGGAAAUAUUUUGUACAACUUGCGUCAUCCGUUGAACACAUGCACUCGAGGAGAGUUAUGCAUCGUGACAUAAAACCUGCCAAUGUCUUCAUUACUGCACAAGGUAUUGUCAAACUCGGGGAUCUUGGUCUUGGUCGGUAUUUUUCAUCAAAAACAAGUUUUGCGCAGAGUCUAGUGGGAACGCCGUAUUAUAUGUCGCCUGAAAGAAUUCACGAAAACGGCUACAAUUUUAAAUCCGAUAUCUGGUCGCUAGGAUGUCUAUUGUAUGAGAUGGCAGCACUUCAAUCACCUUUUUAUGGAGAUAAAAUGAAUCUCUAUGCUCUUUGCAAGAAAAUUGAAAGCUGUGAAUAUCCCCCUUUGCCUUCAGAUAUUUAUUCGGAACCGCUCCGAAGCCUUGUAUCAAUGUGUAUCAAUCCUGAUCCAGAUAAGCGUCCAGGUAUCGAGCAUGUCCACCAAGUAGCUAGAACUAUGUAUGAGGCAACGAAAGCGCCACCACCUCAGCAAUGAUGAUUUUUUCCGAUCCUGCUUGGGCUUUGCCAAAAAGUAUCUUUCUAUUUUCUGCAAAGCUUUUGCACUGAAGAGAUUCUAAAUCAUUUGUCUAUCUUUACUGUACUGUAUGACCUUAUUGUCUUGUAUUAGAACUAAGUAUAUGCAACUAUCGUCUGUACUCUUGCACCAAAAAAGUACAGACUUGUGCUAUUGUGAAUAGUGCUAUGAAUGUAAGAUGUGCAAGCUGAACCCUACCUGGAAGAUAAAUGUCUAUAUUUAAUGGAGACUAUGCUGUCAGCAAAAUAUUUCCUACUUUAAUAGAAUUUAGAAUCUGAAUUAUCAAAAUUCCGAGUCAAACCUUUCAGAAUCUGCAUUUGAUUGUAAGUUUCCAAUAUUUUCAAUUAUAAAAGUGAAUUUUAUGAUGUUGUAGUUUGUGUGCUUGCAAUUUGUCAUUGUAGAACCCAAAAUAGAUAGUCAAAGUACACUAAAUUUUUGAAAAUGUUGCACUGAUAGAGGCAUACAGAGCACUGAUAAAGGCAUACAUCUAAACAUUGUGGCGCGAAUGAUACAUCUUUACCAAAUAUAUAGUAUUCACUGUAAAACAUAAAAUUGUGUGUAACUUCAUUGAUGAUUUCUUUAGUUUAUAUUGUUACCAAGGUCAUGCACUCUAGACCUAAUUAAUGUUGUAUGUUUAUAUAUAUUUUAUCUUACAUGUAGUUGGUAUAAACUAGGGUAGCUAUUCAAACUUUUUCCACCUUUUUUAAUUACUUACUAGUGAUUAGGGCUGGGCAUUUUCGAAUACCUUGUGAUUUCAGAAUCGAAUCUCGAAUACUUGAAAAUAUAUAAUUGUAAGCGACUUUAUUAUAGUAAUCUCUCAACAAAUGAAUUACUGAAGACAUA